UAAGAAGGCUCUCAUUGCAAGUGUGUGUUAUAAAAAGAAUGACUGUGAAUUUAUUGAUGUUGUUGGGCGGCAGGAGAGUAUGCCUUGUGUGUUGCGGGGAAGCACUGAUGCCCCAGCCAAACAAAUUAGUGCUCAGCCUCCACUUGAAAUUGCAUCAUCCCUUUCCGAGUUGCAAAAUCAAGAUAGUAGUGCAGUGCCUUGGGUGGAUGAUGAUGUAGAGUAUGUUGGUUUGAAUGAUGAUGAUCCUUUUAAAACUUUGCUUUCUGAUUCAUCUGAUUCUGAAUGUGAUGGUGAUUUGGAGUAUGUUGGCUUAGAGGAUGAUUUAGUUGUGAAUGGUUCACGAGGUUGUGAGACAAUUAUCCAUGUGACUGACUUAGAGAACCCGACAAAAGCAGUUGGCACUACUUUUGGGGAUGGUGAUACUUUUAAGAAGGCUAUUAGACAAUAUGCAAUAAAAGGUAAAUAUGAUAUUACAGCUGCCUAUUCUGAGUCGACAAGGUAUCGAGGCUAUUGCAAAGCUGCACGAUGCAAGUGGAAGAUACAUGCUUCCCGGGUGCAGGGUGGAAGUACAUGGAAGAUAAAGAAGAUACCAUUUGAGCACACUUGUCACAGCACCGGGAAAGUUGAGAAGAAUAGCACAGCAACCAAUCAUUGGGUCAGGGAUAGGGUUCUUAAUUGGCUUGCAAAGGACCCUACAAUUGGAGCUGCAGCAUUGAAGAAAAGAUUAGAAGAAGAUUAUCACUUGCAGCUUUCAUAUUAUGUAGUGUGGGAUGGUAGAAAUAUGGCUUUGGAAGAAAUGAAAGGCAAGUGGGAUGAUAGUUUUGAGCAUGCUUUCAGUUUCAAGGCUGAGGUGGAGAAGACCAAUCUAGGCAGUUUGGUGGACAUUGAAUAUGAGCAAGUUGGGUAGAAGAUGAGAUUUACAAGAAUGUUUGUUGGUUUGAAAUCUUGUGUGGAUGGUUUUCUGAAUGGUUGCAGACCUUUUCUUGGUGUGGAUUCUACUCAUUUGACUGGAAAAUGGAAAGGUCAACUUGCAUCUGCAACAACUGUUGAUGGGCACAAUUGGAUGUUUCCUGUGUGUUAUGGUGUCUUUGGAUCAGAGACAACUGAAAAUUGGUCUUGGUUUUUAGUAGACUUAAUCAAGCCAUUGGAUCACCUCCAGGCCUAGUGAUCUCAACAGAUGCAGGCAAAGGAAUUGAUUCAGUUGUUACUCAAGUCUUCAAAAAUGGGGUGGAACAUAGAGAGUGCAUGAGGCACUUAAUUGCAAAUUCCCAAAAGUGAUUUCGAGGUGAGGUCUUCGAGAAGCAUUUAUGGCCAGCAUGUAGAGCUUUUCAAAAACACAGGUUUGAAAAGCACUACAAUCUGAUAUAUGAAACCUGUCCCGAAGCUAUGAAGUGGAUACAUAAAAAUCAUAAGCACCUCUGGACAAGACAUUUGUUCUCUGAAGCAAGCAAAUGCGACUAUGGGACAAAUAAUAUAGCUGAAACAUUCAACAGCCGGAUUAGGCAAGAAAAAUCCUUGCCUGUAAUUGGUCUUAUGGAUAGGAUCAGACAGUUAUUGAUGCAUAAAUGUUCUUGAGAAGAAAAAUUGCUCGGAAGUUUCAAGAUAAGAUGCUGCCUAACAUCAUGAAGGAUCUCAACUCAAGGAGUAGGGGGCUGAAAUAUAUGUGGAGGUACUCACACAAGGAUGGUGAUCAACAUGAUGACAUGUUAGGUGAAGUUGAAGGUGUUACAAGGGAUCUAAUUCAUUAGAAGCAUACUAUUGAUCUUCAGGAGAGGAAGUGUACCUGCAGGCGUUGGCAAGUUUUUGGUCUGCCAUUUACACAUGCCUUGUGUAUUAUCACCUCAAUUCGAGGUUGUAAUAUCGAAGGCUAUGUUCAUGAGUACUACUCUGUUGCCAAGUUCAAGAAAGCCUAUGAGAAGUGUGUGAAGCCAAUGAUAGAUAGCAAACAAUGGCCUAAAGUUGACCCUGGUUUUAAGUUGUGGCCUCCAAUUCUAAAGAGGGCAGCAGGAAGACCAAGGGAGAGAAGGUACAAAUCAGCUGCAGAAGGAGGAUCUGGAACAAGAACCACACGAUGCACAAGAUGCAAACAGCUUGGACAUAUGGCAAAAACAUGCAAUGAAUACAUAUAUGAUUCUGAUGCCCCACCACCUGCUCCUCCAAAGCCAAAGAAAAAGCAAAGCAAGAAAAGUGUUAAUAUAGUACCAUCUAGUGUUGUUGCCCCGAUGCAAGAGCAACCAUCAUGCGUUGAUCCAUUUGCUACACCAACUAGACCCAUCACUUAUGCUUCUACACCAAGUCCUGUUACAAGAAGCAUGUCAAGGAGGUUGCUGGAACUAGAGCCAUCCACACCAACUAAGCGAGCGCUUCUGUUUCUACACCUAGCCCUAUGACAA